AUGUCGCCCGGACGCCUCGAAGGCAAGGUUGCCAUCAUCACUGGCGCGGCGUCAGGUUUUGGCAAAGGCAUCGCCGAGAAAUUCGCCAAAGAGGGCGGCAAGGUGGUCGUCGCGGAUCUCUCAGAAGAAGCUGGAACGACCGUGGCCAAGGCAGUUGGGGGCGUCUUCGUGCGAGCGGAUGUCACUAAGAUCGCGGACUGGGAGAAGCUGUUGUCUGAGACGCUGGCGGCGUACGGCCAGCUGGACAUUGUCGUCAACAAUGCCGGCACUACUUACACCAACAAGCCGACCGAAGAGGUCACCGAGGCCGAGUUUGACCUCGUCAUGAACGUCAACGUCAAGUCGAUAUACCUAUCCACCCAGGUCCUGGUCCGGUACUUCACGAAGGAGAAUCGGCCUGGUUGCUUCAUCACGAUAGCGUCGACAGCAGGCACGCGGCCGAGACCGCGCUUGGUCUGGUAUAACGCUUCCAAGGGGGCUGCCAUCACGGCGACGAAGUCGCUGGCGGUCGAGUAUGGCCCGCAGCAGAUUCGCUUCAACUCCGUGUCGCCGGUCUUUGGCAUCACGGCAAUGUCACACAUGUUUCUGGGCAAGCCGGAUACCCCUGAGAACAGGGCGGGAUUCGUAGCAACAGUGCCUCUCGGGCGACCAUCUACACCCGAGGACGUUGCCAAUGCUUGCUGCUAUUUCGCAAGCGACGAGGCAUCCUUCAUUACCGGAGUGAACAUGGAGGUGGAUGGCGGACGAUGUGUUUAG